AUGUGUGGCAUUUUCUUCUCCCUCGGCGCAUCCGAACCUGUAUUGCCCAACCAGGAGACCUGCAGCUUAUUACGGAACCGAGGACCGGACAGCUUCCAAGUCCAUCAAGUCACACAAGAUGCCAAAUCUAGCACAAAUGAAUCAGUGGCUGUGCAUCUGACUUUUGUUUCCACAGUGUUGUCUAUGAGAGGCGACCAUGUGGUGUCUCAACCGUUAGUGGAUGCUGCGACGCAGUCUGUUCUCUGCUGGAAUGGAGACGCUUGGAAAAUAGCAGGGAAUCCCAUCCAGGGUAACGACACUGAGCUUAUCUUCAAGCUCUUUCUGGAGGCAGUACAGCCUCGUCCAGGACAGACUGAUUCGCAAGAUGCGGUCUGUCGACUCCGGGACGUGAUAAGUAGUGUCUCUGGACCAUUUGCCUUCGUGUUCUAUGAUGCAGUAAACUCAAGGGUCUUCUUCAGCAGAGAUUGUCUAGGAAGACGUUCUUUGCUUCAAGGUGUGGAUGAUGAUGGAAAUCUUAAAAUAUGCAGUAUCUGUGAUAGCAGUUCUACCGCCCAUUUCGAGGAAGUGGGGUCGGAUGGAGUGUAUAUGAUUGACUUUACGCGUACUGUCCUGGAUACGCCUGGGUUGAACGACAGCGGCGUAUGUUUUAACAUUGACAGCAUACAGAUUCUUCCAUGGGGUUCUGCUUCGACCGGCCUGCUCAGAAACCCAAUCCCUCCAAUGAACAAGACAAUCCCGGAAGGGCCCCCGCCUCCAUUAACCACAGACUCUGUCUGCAUCACAACCCUCGAGCAGAAGCUCCUUCAAGCGCUCUCAUUACGGGUGGAGAAUGUCCGAGAGCCACCUACAAUGAAACCAGAGGACAACGCGAAGAUCGCAGUCCUGUUUUCCGGCGGCCUCGACUGCACAUUGCUGGCCAGACUAUGCCACGAGAUCCUUCCAAGCAAUGAAGCAAUCGAUCUGUUGAACGUCGCAUUCGAGAAUCCUCGUGUCGCCGCAGCCGCAGUAGCAGCAGCGAAAGGGAAAGCGCCGGCACCAGGCUCCGUGUACGAAAACUGCCCAGACCGGAUGACCGGACGCUCCGCCCUUGCAGAGUUGCAAAAGGUCUGCCCAGACCGGCAAUGGCGAUUCGUGGCCAUUGACGUACCCUACGCGGAGACAGUCGCACACCGUGAGACGGUGAAACGGCUGAUGAGGCCCCACAACACCGAAAUGGACUUGUCGAUCUCGUGCGCCCUAUACUUCGCCUCACGUGGACAAGGCACCGUUCUCGAUCACGCGGACACAACCCCAGUACCAUAUACGUCACCCGCGCGGGUUCUCCUAUCCGGACUCGGGGCGGACGAACUGUUCGCAGGGUACGGAAGACACGGCGUGGCGUUCUCACGAAGCGGGUUCGAAGGCCUCGUCGAGGAGAUCGACCUCGAUGUGAGUCGCCUCGGCAAACGCAACCUCGGCCGCGAUAAUCGCGUCAUCGCACACUGGGGUCGCGAGGCGAGGUUUCCGUUUUUGGACGAAGAGUUCGUCUCGUGGGUCGUGCAACUCCCCGUGUGGGAGAAAUGCGGAUUCGGAAUGCCUAAUACGGAGACGGACACGUCCACUGCCCUCGAUUGUGAAAAGCGGGCUCUUCGUCUGGUAGCCCAGCGACUGGGUAUGCCGCAAGUGGCACGAGAGAAGAAACGAGCUAUCCAGUUCGGGGCUCGUACAGCCAAGAUGGAAAAAGGUAGAGUGAAAGGGACGGAUUCACUGGAUUGA